AUGACGUCACAGGUGAUGUUGAGGACCAUCUACAGUGGGCUGAUGUCCAGAAGUGUCUCCAGCCAGAGGAGGAUGUCUCACAGCAGCUUUGCUGGAAAGGUUGCGAUAGUAACUGCAUCGACAGACGGAAUUGGUCUGGCUACAGCCGAGGCUCUUGGGAAGAGAGGAGCCCGCGUGGUGGUGAGCAGCCGGCAACAGGCCAACGUGGACAAGGCCGCGACCUUACUGCAGAGCCAGAACAUAGACGUGACUGGAACCACCUGUAAUGUCGGUAAAGGAGAGGACAGAGAAAAGCUGGUCCAAACGGCUGUAGAGCGUUUUGGGGGCAUUGACAUUCUGGUGUCCAAUGCAGCCGUCAACCCAUAUUUUGGGCCCAUUAUGGACAGCACUGAAUCGGUUUGGGAUAAGGUCCUGCACAUAAACGUGAAGUCGAGCUUCCUCAUGACCAUGGUGGUGCCUCAUAUGGUCAAAAGAGGAGGUGGGAGUGUUGUGUUCGUGUCGUCCGUGACCGGAUACCAACCAGCGACGACUUUGGGUCCCUACAGCGUGAGUAAGACGGCCUUGCUGGGUCUGACCCGGGCCCUGGCCCCUGAACUGGCUCAGAGCAACAUAAGGGUGAAUUGCGUGGCCCCCGGGCUCAUCAAGACCCACUUCAGCGCGCCGUUGUGGGAAAACAAAGACGUGUUGGACGACUUUAAAAGGCAGCUCAGCAUUAAGAGGUACGCACGCGCACAUUAAGAAGCCUAAUGUACGCGUCUGUUGAUCCAGAAUCGGGCAGCUGGAGAUCGGUGCCGUCAUCGCCUUCCUGUGUUUAUGGAUGGCCAAGUGGUGACAUUAGGACAGGUCAGAGGUCAACUCUCCACCCUGUGUCUCCAGUUGGACAACUUUACGGAAACCACUGAGACGAGAGUCUCGAUUUUGUUUUCUUCUCUGAAAAAUCUGGUUUAAAA